CUGGUGUAAGCACACUUAAAAUGAUGUGGCCGAUAAAUUUCGAAGAAAUGUACAAAAUAUCAACUUAUUCAUUGCGUUUGAACGGUGCACAUCCAAAUAUAAAAAAUAAAAAUAAAUUUUGGUAUCUUAAAAUUUAUUUACUCAGAUUCAUAGAGUUGCUUUGCUGCGGUCUUCUCGUAAAUUCAAUAAUAUUUUACGACGUAGUUUCUAAAAAGUACACAGAGGCCAUCAAAAACAGCCUGAUGGUGAUCGUUGGUAUAACCGUGAUCUUUAAACACUCAAUACUAAUAAACUGUAACGAUUCAAUCAAGCAACUCCUCAAAAUUCUGGAUGAGGAUUAUAAGGCCGCCGAGCUUUAUGGAGAGAGAGAAAAAGAUAUCAUACUGAAAUCUGCGAUGAGUGGAGUUAAAAUUUGUCGCUUCUGGCUUGUGUCUGCAACUCUGACGUGCUUCAUGUUCCCUGCUAAAGCCAUCAUUGAGAUGGGCAACUUAUAUAUGAGAGGCGAAUUCAAACUUGUUCCCAUGUUUGACUUUACAUACCCCAAUUUUAUCGAAGUUCAUAAGGACUCGACUGUCGCGUACACAGUGUUAUUUCUGAUGUGUCUGUCCUUUGACCUUUUCUCUUUGUCUAUUUACAUAGGGUUUGACCCUCUCGUUCCUAUAUUUAUGUUGCACACUUGCGGCCAGUUGGAGUUGAUUAGUAACAAGCUUGUGAACCUCUUUUCUAAGGACGCUUCACCACAGGAUAUUGUCGACGACCUUAAGCGGAUCAAUGUGAAACUUCAGAAUAUUUACAAGUUCGUGAAAAUGGUGCAGAAUAUUUUUAUAAUAUUAUAUGAAUUUAAUAUGAAAACAACUACUUUUCUUCUACCAUUCUCAGUUUUCCAAAUAAUGCAGUCCUUACGGAACAGAGAGAUCAGUCUCGAGUUUAUAUUUUUCUUUUCUGGCGCCUGCUUGCACUUUUACAUGCCAUGUUACUACAGCAACCUUCUGAUGGAGAAGAGUGAAUCCCUCCGUAAUGCGAUAUACUUUAGCGGUUGGGAGUCACGACGAGAUAUCGGAAUCAGGAAGACGAUUCUUCUGAUGCUGACAAGGACUUACGUACCUCUUGGCAUCAAGACUGUCUUCUAUCCGAUUUGUUUGGACACUUUUGCUGAGAUGGUGCGUCAGGCUUACGGAAUAUAUAACAUCAUGAACGCUGCUUGGGGUUAAAUUUUGAUAUUUGCACAAGGUAUAGAAUAGCAUUGGCUUAUCAUUAACUUAUAUAUUCUACAGAUUUUCGUCUUAAUAAAAACUUUUUUUAUUAUU